AUGGGGAUCGGCUUGGACAAGCUCCGCCCUAGCAAGUUGCCGUUCCACGGCGUUGCGCCGGGGAAGCAAGUCCAACCCCUCGGCCAGAUCGACCGGCCCGUUUGCUUCGGCACGGCAGCCAACUUCCGCAAGGAGGUGCUGACCUUUGUGGUGGUGGGGUUUCGGGGAGCAUACUCCGCCAUUCUUGGGCAUCCAUGCUACGCCAAGUUCAUGUGCGACGUCGAGUGCGUUGAGUACGCCGAGGCUCUAGUGCUCGACGAGACCCUCGCCGCGCAGCUGCAUGAGAUGGCCGAGGAGGCCAUGGACUCCAAGCAGUGGCACGCGGGCAACUUCGAGCCAGCCGAAGGUACCAAGGACGUCCCCCUCGACCCAAAGACCCCUGAUGGCAAGGCGCUGAAGAUCGGCGCUACCCUCGACAGCAAAUAG